AAUUCACAUCAACACACACACUCACUCAUUAAUAUACAUGCAUUUGCAUACAUAGCAAUAGCACAUUCUCAAUUUCUCAACACACAAACACACAGUCACACACACAGAGAUUUUGAUAGAGAGAGAGAAUGGCAGAAACCGCCGCCGCCGCGGCGCGCUUCCCGUCGAUCGAGAAAUGCGACCUCUCCGGCGCCAAUCGCCAAUCGAUCGCGGCGGAUCUCGACGGAACCCUCCUGAUCUCCCGCUCCUCCUUCCCUUACUUCAUGCUGGUGGCGAUCGAGGCCGGCAGCCUCCUCCGCGGCCUGAUCCUCCUCCUCGCCUUCCCGAUCAUCGCCGUCGCCUACGUCUUCGUUUCGGAAGCCCUCGCCAUCCAGAUGCUGAUCUACAUCUCCUUCUCCGGGCUCAAGGUGCGCGACAUCGAGCUGGCCGCGCGGGCCGUGCUGCCGAGGUUCUACGCCACAGACGUGAGGCCGGAGAGCUACGCCGUGUUCGAGAAGUGCCAGAGGAAAGUGAUAAUCACGGCGAAUCCGACGAUCAUGGUGGAGCCGUUCGUGAAGGACUUUUUGGGCGGAGAUAAGGUGAUCGGGACGGAGAUUGAGGUGGAUCCGAAGACGCGGAAGGCGACUGGAUUCGUGAAGAAACCGGGGGUUUUGGUCGGGAAAUUGAAGAAAUUGGGGGUGCUGAGGGAGUUCGGAGAGGAGAAGCCGGAUAUCGGAAUCGGAGAUCGGGAGUCUGACCACGAUUUCAUGUCCAUUUGCAAGGAAGGGUACAUGGUGCACCCGAGCAAAACAGCGAAGCCGUUGCCGGUGGAACAGCUGAAAAGCCGGCUGAUCUUCCACGACGGCCGUCUCGUGGAGCGACCGACGCCCCUGAACGCGCUGGUGACCUACAUUUGGCUGCCAUUCGGGUUCGCCCUCUCCCUCGUUCGUGUCUACUUCAACCUACCACUCCCGGAGCGCAUCGUGCGCUACACCUACCCAAUGCUGGGGAUCAACCUAGUGAUCAAGGGCAACCCGCCGCCCGCGAGCUCCCCGGGGAACCUGUACGUGUGCAACCACCGCACGGCCCUGGACCCCAUCGUGAUCGCGAUCGCGCUGGGGCGCAAGGUGUCGUGCGUGACCUACAGCGUGAGCAAGCUGUCGAGGCUGCUGUCCCCUAUCCCGGCAGUGGCCCUGACGCGGGACCGGGAGGCGGACGCGGCGAUGAUCAAGGCGCUGCUGGAGAAGGGGGACUUGGUGGUGUGCCCCGAGGGGACGACGUGCAGGGAGCCGUACCUGCUGCGGUUCAGCGCGCUGUUCGCGGAGCUGAGCGACCGGGUGGUGCCGGUGGCGGUGAACCUGAAGCAGAACAUGUUCCACGGGACGACGGUGAGGGGGGUCAAGUUCUGGGACGCGUACUUCUACUUCAUGAACCCGAGGCCGACGUACGAGGUGACGUUCCUGGAGAGGCUGCCGGAGGAGAUGACGUGCAAGGCCGGGGGGAAGUCGUCGAUUGAGGUGGCGAACCAUGUGCAGAGGAUAUUGGCGGAUGCACUGGGGUUUGAGUGUACCCAGCUGACUAGGAAGGAUAAGUAUUUGCUGCUUGGUGGGAAUGAUGGCAAGGUGGAGUCUAUGUAUGCCAAGAAAUGAUCAUAUGGAUGCUUCAGCUCGAUGAUGUUGUUGCAUGCCUUGCUAUUUUAGAUAUCCAUCUUUUACUUUACUAUUCUCUGUAAACUGCUGCAACUUCAUAUUAUUCACAUUAUCUAAUAAUAUUACCUCGCCAUAACUAUA